GAUAUUAAUGCAUAGCAAAGAUAGAAGAAAUGUUAUGGAAUAAGAAUAAAAAGUUUUAAAGAUUAAUUUGCUAAUGAUAUGAGAGAUGGAGAAGAAGAAAUAAAUUGGUCUAGUGGUUGUAGAUAUAGAAGAGGAUGGAAAAAGGGAAAACUAAUAUUGUAUGGGUGUGCUGAUAGAUAGUAAUGGAAAGAAAAUAUAAAUGAUGGAAACAAAGGUAAAAAAUAAUGA